GAUCAGUCGUUUAUGGACACGAUUGGCGUUAGAUUGGAUUUCCUAACUAAUGUUAGGAUAGGAUGAGACAGAUAGGAAAGCAAGUUAGGAAAUUGUUCUGUAAUAUGGCCCCAGGUUCUGUACCUCGUGCCAGUAGUCUCGGUAUUCCAGCUGUGCGCAGUGUUCUUUUCUGUACGAGCUUCGUCCUCGCCUGAGUAGUUUGAACCAGGCUGCUUACCGUACUUUGACACGGUGCAAACAUGGCGUCUGUAGCAGGGAAACUUUUCAAACUGUGAUAUGGCAUGAAAUUAAAUGAGGAAGUUUAAACAAUAGCUUUGGAAUUAUUAAUAAUAUAUAUUUUUAAAAAGUCACAACAGGCAUUUUGUGUUCAGGCUUUAUUGUUGAAAGUCAUUAAAAAAGCUCAAUUGUGAAAGGCUGAAAACAGAAGAAUUACCUUUUCAGCAUUCUUGAGCUUCACCACAUAUUGUGGAUGAACCUUCCGUGGACAUCAUUUCUAAGAGGAGCCUGUUUAUAUAUUAAAGUACAUGUGUAGAUCUUUACGUUACUGUGUCAGUCACUGUCUCUACGCAGCAAUGACUCGACUGGAAGAGGCAAAUAAAGAUGUCAGCAUGCAUUCCUCAGUGCGCUAUCUUGGCUUCUUAGCCAGUUUAAACUUGAUGGUGGCCUUAUGCAUGGGCCUUUAUGUAAGAUGGGAGAAGACAGCAGAUACCAUAAUAUUAGUCAUCUUUAUCUUGGGACUGUUUGUUCUAGGCAUCGCCAGCAUAUUGUAUUACUACUUCUCCAUGGAGGCAGCAAGUUUGAGUCUCUCCCAUCUGUGGUUUGGAUUUCUUCUUGGGCUGCUGUGUUUCUUAAAUAAUCCCUCCUUCAAAAGUGAUGUAAAGGAGGAAGCCACCAAGUACCUUCUGCUGACCAGUAUCAUCAUCAGGACGUUGUGGGCUCUGGUAGAGAGGGUUUGCGGUUGUGUCCGCUAUCGGCCAGCCCUUCUGACCUCUGCAGAGUUUUUGGAACUUGUUGGCUUCGCAAUUGCCAGCACUGCCAUGCUGCUGGAGAAGUCCAUGAGUAUCAUCCUUCUGGUAGCCUCUUUGGCCGUGCUGAUUAUUGACCUGCGGAUGAAGUCUUUCCUAGCAGUUCCAAACUUAGUUACUUUUGCUCUGCUUUCUUCCAUGUUGUUUUUCCCCAGCUUAAAUAUUCCCACCAACCCUUUUGCCCUUGCAUGCUUCUUUAGCCGUCUGAUCUGUGACCCGCUACUUGACGUCUACUUUAGUGGGCUUUCUGUCACUGAGCGGUGGCUGCCAUUUCUGAACCGCGGCCGUCUGUGUAGGAGGCUCUCCAUUCUUCCACUGGGACUUGUUGAGAUCACCUUCUUCAUCCUGUCUGCCUUUAAACUAGGGGAUUUGCAUCUGUGGUAUUUUGUGAUCCCCGGGUUCUCCAUUUUUGGGAUAUUUUGGUUGGUCUGCCAUGUUAUUUUCAUCAUAACAGUCUGGGGUUUCCACACCAAAUUAAAUGACUGUCAUAAUGUCUACUACACACAACGUACUGACAGCAGAAACUUGGACAGGGUGAUGGCCUCCAAAGGAAUGCGACACUUCUGUUUGAUCUCAGAACGGCUGGUGUUUUUCAGUCUCUUAUCAACAGCAAUUCUGGGUGCAGUAUCCUGGCAGCCUACCAAUGGAAUCUUUAUGAGUGUGUUUUUGGUGGUCCUGCCUUUGGAGUCGCUGACUCAUGGUCUGUUCCAUGAACUGGGAAACUGUUUGGGAGGAACCUGUGUGGGAUACGCGGUUGUAAUCCCCACCAACUACUGCAGCCCUGAUGGCCAACCAACACUUCUUCCUCCUGAGCAUGUGCAGGAGUUGAAUCUCAGGUCGACUGGCAUGCUGAGCAGUAUUCAGAGGUUUUUUGCCUACCACAUGAUUGAGACCUAUGGCUGUGACUACUCUACCAGUGGCUUGUCUUCCAAUACCCUCCAGUCCAAGCUCAAGUCGUUUCUUGAACUGCGGACCGCAGAUGGCCCCAGACAUGACACCUAUGUUAUAUAUUACAGUGGUCAUUCUCACAGCUCUGGCGAGUGGGCUCUUGCAGGGGGAGAAACAUUGCAACUUGAAAGUAUCCUUGACUGGUGGACAGAGAAGAAUGGCACUUUCUGCUCACGGCUGAUAAUUGUAUUGGACACUGAAAAUGCCCUUCCUUGGGUUAAAGACGUGAAGAAGGUUUGUGACCUCUUUGUUGCAGUCCAGGGUGCAGGAAUGGCCAAAGUUGUAAAUGUUGAGGAAGCAGAUCCACCACAGCUGGGUGACUUUACUGCGGAAUGGGUGGAGUAUAACUGUAACCCAGACAACAACAUCAGGUGGGCCGAAAAAGGCCGGACUAUAACCCCAGUGUAUGGUGUAUCUAAACGCUGGAGUGACUAUACACUCCAUUUACCAACAGGAAGUGAUGUUGCAAAGCACUGGAUGACAAACUUCCCCCGUGUUACCUAUCCCCUUGUUCACCUGGCUAACUGGUGCGGUGGAUUGCAAAUCUUCUGGGCCUGCAGUUUUUGUCUCCGAUGUUUCAGGAGGCUAAAACUGAGCUGGUUCCCUCCAACUGUGCUAGACACAGGAGCAGGAUUUAAAUUGGUUAAAUCUUAAAAAAGCUUUACAUAGUUUGUUUUUCUUUGCACUUAAGGUACAGAUUGUAUUUUAUUUUGUAUUUUUUUUUUUCUUCAAUCUAGAGGAUUUUUCCAACUGGGUGAAGUUUUGCUUUUACUUUGUGUAAAUGGAAAAGAGUGUGGAAACUAAAGAUGAACUGUUUGUAAGAUUACUCAGUAGCUUAAGUAACCUAUGCUUUUAAAAGAAUGUUCAAGAUGUCCUUUCUAGCAGCUGACCUUUGACUUAGUUGUACAGCUGUGUGUUCUGAUCCAGCUCUGUUUUGCCCAGCUAUGAAAUAGUUAUCACUUCACAUUGAGUUAGGACUGGUGUUCGAUUUGAAAAGAAAAUAUUUUCACUGUACAUAUGUCAGCAUGGAUACACGUAGAGACUGGGAAGUUGGAUUUGUUGCGUGGUGUUGAACAAAAACUGUUAGGACUGAUUUGAUCUCUAAUGCAAUGCAAUGGCAAAAUGCUUUCCUACAAAGACCAUUGAUCUCAACUACUAAAAACAUGCUCAUAAAUUAUUCACACAAAUGCAAUACUAAUCAAAUUUCAAAGAUUACACUUUUAUGGAGGUAUGCUUAUUGAUAGAAAAUGUUUAAAGGUUACCAAUUCAAAAAAUAAUAAUUAUUGUUUCACUGAAAGGACAUCUUAAAUUCAGCUAAUUUACAUUACAAUAUGACAGCUUUAAAAGAGGACUGCCACAUGGUGCAGGGUUGGUGGAGAGGACAAUACCCCUCAAAACUGGCAUUCUCUCACUUAUUAUACUGUAUAAGUCAAAAGAUGGUGAUACAUAUUUUUGCUAUGACUUCCAGACAACUUGCCAGCAUGCACCACUGGCAUGGGAAAGAGCAUUUUCUAAGGAUGUUUUAGUUCAGAGUUAAUUUUCCUAAUCCAAUAGUUACUGAUUCUGUGAGUUUAUUUAUUGAUACUGUUUGUGCACAGGAAAAUGUAUCAUUGUUACCCAAGAAAGAUAUUUUCCUACAUAAAGCCAUUUCCUACA